AGCGUAACCACAUCCACCCCAAAUCACAUCUCCCUUCCCCAUGAACCUCAAACUCGCUGGUGCCCUCCUCGUCGCCGCCUCUGCAGCACCUGCUGCCGUCGGUGGUCCUAUUGCCUACGGCAUUUGUCAGACUGGCUGCAAUGGUCUAGCUGUAGCCUGCUAUGCCGGCGCCGGCUUCACAUUCGGAGUGACGAUUAUAGGUGGCCCCCCGGCUGUCAUAGCCUGCAAUGUCGCCUUAGGUACAUGCAUGGCUGGAUGUGCCACUGUGGCAUUGUUCGCUCCGACGCCGUGAAGGGGGCAUCUCGAGAGAAAGACCAAUGAUGAAGAGCCUGAUGGCUUCCGUGUAU